GUUUAGUACUCCAAGAUGGCGGACGUGGAGAACGACACAGUGAAUGGCAGCAGAGUCAAACAGUUUUGCCACGAGGCGCCACGCUGAACUUCCGGUGACCAGCAUGAGUAUGAAGCGGAAACAGCACACACCUGCUUGUAUUGAGGCUCCCGAUGGCCUCACAAAUCAAGAAACGUCAAGCACCCAAAGGACCAGAGCUUCCUAUUGUGGAGAGGAGAAACUGGCUAAUUCACCAGCACUAUAUUCGUAAAGAUUAUGAAAUCUGUAAGGUAAUCAUUAAAGAGCAGCUGCAGGAGACCAAUGGAAUGUGUGAAUAUGCCAUAUAUGUCCAAGCACUAAUCUUGCGUCUCGAGGGCAAGAUCCAACAAUCCCUGGAGCUAUUUCAGAGCUGUGCCAUCCUUAAUCCCAGCAGUGCUGACAAUCUGAAACAAGUGGCCAGAUCUCUGUUUUUACUGGGAAAGCACAAAGCAGCCAUUGAAUUCUACCAUGAAGCUGCUCGACUUAAUGAGAAAGACUGGGAGAUCAGUCACAAUCUGGGAGUGUGCUAUUUCUUCAUCAAGGACUUCAAACACGCUGAGGAGCAGCUCAACAUAGCUCUCCAGUUAAACAAACACGACAAGACUUACAUGAUGCUUGGGCGGGUCCAUUUGCUGGCUGGUGACACCGACAAAGCCAUUGAUGUUUACAAAAGGGCAGUGGAAUUCUCUCCAGAGAAUACAGAACUCCUCACAACUCUUGGUCUCCUCUUUCUUUCUCUUGGGAAAUACCAAAAAGCUUUUGAACACCUUGGAAAUGCCCUGACGUUUGACCCCAACAAUUAUAAGGCCAUCCUGGCUGCAGGCAGCAUGAUGCAGACCCACGGGGACUUUGAUGUGGCAAUGAACAAGUACCGCGUGGCAGCAUGUGCCGUGCCUGAAAGCCCCCCCCUCUGGAACAACAUCGGCAUGUGCUUCUUUGGCAAAAAGAAAUAUGUUGCUGCAAUCAGCUGCCUGAAGCGUGCCCACUACUUGUCUCCUUUUGACUGGAAAGUGUUGUACAACCUGGGGCUGGUACACCUGACCAUGCAGCAGUACGCUUCCGCUUUCCAUUUCCUCAGCGCCGCCAUCAACCUGAGCCCUCGACUGGGCGAGCUGUACAUGCUGCUGGCAGUGGCUUUGACCAACUUGGAGGAUGUGGAAAAUGCCACCAGAGCCUACGAGCAAGCUGUGAUUCUGGACCAAUCAAACCCUCUGGUCAACCUGAACUUUGCAAUCUUCCUCUAUAAUCACGCUGACAAGAAGGGAGCACUGGAUCAGUACCAGCAGAUGGAGAGAAAAGUCAACACGCUGAGAGACAGCAGUAGCAACUUUGAGUUUGACACAGAGCUCAUAGACAUGGCUCAGAGGAUGGGAGCUGCCUUGCAGGUGACGGAGAGUGUGGUGUGGACCAAACCAUCCAAAGACUCCAAGUCCAAACCAAGCUCAGGAGCAGCCACCCCAAGCCCUGGUGCCCCUCUGGGUACAAACCAAACCCUGGGUCAAGCCAUGUCUUCUGCUGCGAGCUACAACAAGGGCAUCCAGCUACCAACAAGACCCUUCACACCACUUGACCCUGAUGCAGACAUGAACAGUGUUCCAAAGCUGCCUUCAGAUCCUCCAGGUUCCCCAGGACCAGUCCAACCAGAGGGUCCCAGACCCAAAACCUCCAAGAGGAAAUCAAAGGUGGAAGAAUAACACAAGGAUACAAAGAUAAUCCACAAUGGUCACUGAAAAAAAUCUAAACUGACAGGAUUAAUACAAGAUUAAAAAAAUAUGUAUUGGAAUUUCCCAAAAUGCAACACACGAAAAAGCUACUGGGAGACAACUCUGACAAAAAACCUCUAUCCAUCCAUCCAUCCAUCCAUCCAUCCAUUACUUUCCGCUUUCCCGGGUGGUGGGGGCAACAGUCUCAUUAAGGAAGCCAAGACUUCCUGGCCCCCGGCCACCUCCACCGGGAGAACACCGAGGCAUUCCCAGGCCAGAUGUGAGACAUCCUCCCAGCGUGUCCUUGAUCUGCCCUGGGAUAUUCUCCCAGCUGGGCAUGCCCAGAACACCUCACCAGGGAGGCAUCCAGACUAGAUGCCCAAGUCACCUCAACUAGCUCCUCUCGAUGUGACGGAGCAGCUCUAAAUUGGUGAAUGUGAGUGUGAAUGGUUGUUUGUCUAUAUAUGUGUCCUGUGAUUGGCUGGUGACCGGUCCGGGGUGUACCCCGCUUCUGGCCCAAAGCCUGCUAGGGUAGGCUCCAGCAUACCCCCACAUCCAUAGGGAGGAUAAGCGACAGAGGAGGAUGGAUGGAUUCUUGUUGGGUUUUUUUCUUUGGCCAAAGGACAGCAACAAUUUCCACCACGUGCAAGUUUGGAAUCUGUCACAUGUUCACUCUCCUGUUGAGAAGAAAAACUCAACUUUUUUAAAACCGUGAAAAGCCGUUUGUGGUGGUCAAGUAAUCAUGAGGGGUAGUUACAGUAUGUUGAGUUAUUAUACUUAUUUCUUCUACACUUAUAUGAAGAAUGUUUUUUUCCCUGCACACAAAUUGUUUUGCUUAGUGAUUGUAUUUCUUUGUAAAGUUUAUGUUUGUGGCGUAGUAACUAAUGAUGCUUUUCUUCCAUGAAGCUGAUGAUAAGGUGUCUGCUGGGAAGAUAAACAUUGGUGCUUUGACAAUCAAUGUACAGUGCAUCCGGAAAGUAUUCACAGCGCUUCACUUUUUCCACAUUUUGUCAUGUUACAGCCUCAUUCCAAACUGUAUUAAAUUAAUCUCUUACCUCAAAAUUCUACACAAAAUACUCCAUUAUGACAAUUUUGAAUUUAUUAAAAAUAGAAAACUAAGAAAUCACAUUUACAUAAGUAUUCACAGCCUUUGCCAUGAAGCUCAAAAUUGAGCUCAGGUGCAUAUUUUUUCCACUGAUCAUCCUUGAGAUCUUUCUACAGCUUAAUUGGAGUCCACCUGCAGUAAAUUCAGUUGAUUGGACAUGAUUUGGAAAGGCACACACCUGUCUAUAUAAGGUCCCACAGUUGACUGUGCAUGUCAGAGCACAAACACCAAGCAUGAAGUCAAAAGAACUGUCUGUAGACCUGCGAGACAGGAUUGUCUUGAGGCACAAAUCUGGGGAAGGAUACAGAAACAUUUCUGCUGCUUUGAAGGUCCCAAUGAGCACAGUGGCCUCCAUUAUUCGUAAAUGGAAGACGUUUGGAACCACCAGGACUCUUCCUAGAGCUGGCCGGCCUUCUAAACUGAGCGAUCGGGGAAGAAGGGCCUUAGUCAGGGAGGUGACCAAGGCCCCGAUGGUCACUCUGUCAGAGCUCCAGCGUUCCUCUGUGGAGAGAGGAGAGCCUUCCAGAAGGACAACCAUCUCUGCAGCAAUCCACCAAUCAGGCCUGUAUGGUAGAGUGGCCAGACAAAAGCCACUCCUUAGUAAAAGGAACAUGGCAGCCCGUCUGGAAUUUGCCAAAAAGCACCUGAAUGACUCUCAGACCAUGAGAAACCAAAUUCUCUGGUCUGAUGAGACAAAGAUUGAACUCUUUGGUGUGAAUGCCAGGCGCCAUGUUUGGAGGAAACCAGGCACUGCUCAUCACCAGGCCAAUACCAUCCCUACAGUGAAGCAUGGUGGUGGCAGCAUCAUGCUGUGGGGAUGUUUUUCAGCAGCAGGAACUGGCAGACUAGUCAGGAUAGAAGGAAAAAUGAAUGCAGCAAUAUAUAGAGAUAUCCUGGAUGAAAACCUGCUCCAGAGCGCUCUUGACCUCAGGCUGGGGCGAAGGUUCAUUUUUCAGCAGGACAACGACCCGAAGCACACAGCCAAGAUCUCAAAAGAUUGGCUUCAGAACCACUCCGUGAAUGUCCUGGAGUGGCCCAGCCAGAGUCCAGACUUGAAUCCGAUGGAACAUCUCUGGACUAUCCGCCAAACUGUUGCUGAAGCAUGAUGGCUUU